AUGGCGAAUGGUGCUGCGCAUCACAGUCUAGGCGUCCCGGAAGGCAUGACCUGCGUGACGGUCAAGCUAAUAGACAUUUGCAGUAUCUCAAAGGUUGGAACCAAAUCCCUAUUCACCCCGCCCGUGCCUGGCUUUGACUCUAUCGGAUCUGUACCAUCAUGGAUCGUACUGCUCGAGCACACUUCCGGCCGCAAGGUGCUGUACGAUCUCGGCAUACGGAAAGAUUGGGAGAAUCUUCAUCCGGUAGUUGCGCAGCGUCUGAAGGGUAGCACACAUGAAAUCAUUGUGGAUAAGGACAUCGACGAGUAUCUGAACGAUAUGGGCAUCGGUAAAGAAGACAUCGAUGCUGUUGUUUGGAGCCACACCCAUUGGGAUCAUAUGGGAAACAUGGGCGUUUUCGACACCAAGACAGAUCUUGUGGUUGGUCCUGGCUUCAAAAACCACUUCAUGGGGACUGAGCAUCCUUCACCUCUGGGUGCUCUCAUACCAACCGAUGUUGAGGGGCGGCGCGUCCACGAGAUCAGCUUCGAGGCGGGCUCCAAGAACGUCGUGCAGAUCGGUCAAUUUUCAGCGUACGAUUACUUCCACGACGGCUCCUUUUACCUGAUCGACAGUCCUGGUCAUUGUGUCGGCCAUCUCUGCGCCCUUGCGCGAACCUCUACCUCCCCUAACACUUUCGUCUUCCUUGGCGGUGAUGUUGCUCAUCAUUGCGGUGAAUUGCGACCUUCCCGCCAUGUGCCACUGCCCGAGUCUCUUUCGCCCAGUCCACUUCCAGGAGCUGCUUCGUCAACGACGUCUGCUUUCACCCCAAGACAGUGGUUCAGCAAACUCCAAGCCUCGCGCAAUCGAGACACUGAUAUGGCCUUGUAUCAGCCCGCGUUCGGCCACAAUAUGGAUCAAGUCCUGGAAAGCAUCGCAAAGACACAAGAAUACGACAGAGACCGCCACAUUCUGGUACUGCUGGCACACGACGCCGCCUUCAGAGACCCAAGCGUGCCAAAGCUUCCGGAAGCUCUCAACGACUGGCACAGCCGUGGUCUUGGGGAGAAGUUUCGAUGGACCUGGAUUGGCGAUGUUUGGAGAGAGAGCCAGGACAGUGCUUGGUCAUGCUGCUCAUGA